AUGAAAUUAACUUCUUUAUUGUGGAAUCCCGUUGUGCGCAAUUCCAAAGGUAUAGCCAUUUGGCGUGAAUCAAGUCAGUCGAAAUUCCCCAGAGGCUUUGCUAGUCGGCGGUUCGCUCUUCAUAAGUCUCCUGCGCUCUACGCUUCUCUUCUCACACUGCUCGCUCUUUUUUUCCGAGUAAAAAGUGAAAAAAAUAGGACAUACAUUCCGAAAUGGGCUCGAAGUCAGAAUCAAGAAGAAACAGCGACGUUGGUGGACCGGUCCGAACUGACGAAGUUUAUUGAAAAGUUGAUAAAAGAACCACCACCGGAAACGAGUAGUUUUCAGUUCCAACAGACUAUGUUUCGUAUCAAAGAUCCACUGAAAACCUUGCCAUUUUAUUGCAAUAUUUUGGGCAUGAGAUUGUUAUCAAAAAUGGAUUUUCCUGCGGGGCAAUUUUCUUUGUAUUUUUUGGGUUAUAAAUCAAAAUCAGAGAUUCCUGAUGAACCCGUAAAGCGACAACAUUACGCGUUGUCGACACUGGCAACUCUCGAAUUAACUCACAAUUGGGGUACCGAAAUUAAUCCAGACUUCAGUUAUCAUAAUGGGAAUAAAGAUCCGCGUGGAUUUGGUCAUAUUGGAAUAAUGGUGGAUGAUGUAUACGCUGCAUGUAAACGUUUUGAGGAAUUAGGAGUUCAGUUUGUGAAAAAACCAGAUGAAGGUCAAAUGAAGGGACUGGCAUUUAUUGAGGAUCCAGAUGGCUACUGGAUUGAAAUAUUUAAUCCUAAUAUUAUUGUCUGA